AUGCCUUUUGGCUUAUCCAAGGUGAAACCAAUCGUGGGUUCCGUCAAUUCCAACCCCAUGUCAACAAAGUAUUGUUGCAUGGUCAUGAGAAUCAACAUUGACUGCAAUUCUUGCUGCAGAAAAUUAAGGAGAAUCAUUCUAAGGAUGAAAGGGAUAGAGACCAAUUUGAUAGAGAAGCAACAGCGCACCGUAUAUGUAUGUGGAAGAUUUAUACCAGCUGAAGUUGCAAUAAAGAUAAAGAAAAAGAUGAACCGUAGAGUUGAGAUCCUUGAAAUUCAAGAACUUGAAGGGGAAGUUCAAGAAUUUGAAGGCAUAUAA